AUGCCGGAGAACUGGGAUUGGGGGCUGCCGCCUUACGACCGGGCAUCGCCGCCGGAAUUGCUCUUCGACCGCCAAGCCGGCGACCAAGCCGGCGACGAUGAUCUGCCGGAGGUGCCGGACCAAGGCGGCCAGGGGGAGAACAACCCGCCGCCUUCACCGGAGCACGAGCCGGAGCCGGAGGAGCCGGCGGAGUCUGGUACGGGACCUAUCCAUGCGGUGCCCCUGCGCUCGAGGCCGCCUGGCGCCUCGGCGACUUCUGCACCAAAGGGGAGGAAGCGAGCCGGCGGCGGGUCCACGGCCAAGCUGGAAGCUAAGGCCAAGAAGCAGCGCCGGGUGGGGCCCAAAAAGGUUCCAGAGGCAGCCGGGGCUGCCAUCAAGUUCACCCAAGGCGGCGGCUCUCGGCCGCCUCCCCGUGCUGAGCCAACGCUCUCGCGGCAGAGGAGGGAGUCGACCCCGCAGUCUUCGAUGCGCGCGCCGCCUGUUGUGAUCGUGCCGCCUGCGGGCACGUCUUCAGCUGCACCUUCUGCGGCGCCUGGCCGCGGCGCCCCGGGUGAGCCGGUCCACCGGCCCACUUUGGAUGAAAUGUUUCCGCGCCGCGCUCCGCUGUUGGGGCCCGCGGUCGGGGCCGGCAGGGUGCGCCGCCGGCGACCGGUGCCGGAGCCGGCGGAGCUGCGCCGCCCGAAGCUGGUGCCGGCGGGGCUGCGCCGCCGGAGGGAACACGCCCGACGCCGGAGAAGGCGGCCCCCACCGGUCCGACUGCUUCGACCGUGCCGCCUCUGA